AUGCCCGAACCAAUUCUCAAAAAGUGCUUCAACUGUCGCAUCUUUCUUCCUGAUGAUGCUGUCAAUACAUCUCAAUGCCAGAAGUGCCAAAAAAACGAAGCAAAAUAUGGAGUGCCGGGAACAUGCCAAUACUGCAAGCUGAACGCGGCAUUCCACGACCAGAAGUGUGUUUGGUGUUCACAUGCCGAGAGAAAAUACGGAACUCCAUUCAGUUGUCAAAGUUGUAAAUUACAAUGCGGUUUUGCCAAAAAAGAGAGUGAAAAGUACGAAGGUGCUCCACUUCUCUGUCGGUUGUGUAUUCUCCAAGCUCGUCAUACUGGCCAAACCUCGGUCGCCGGUAUCCCGAUUCCUCCAGAGAAGCCUGAAAAGAAUGGAGAUGGUUCUUCCGCAGAGCAGAAAGCUGAAAAGGAACGCGAAAAAGAGCGUCAUCGCUCCUCUCGUCAUCAUAAGGACAAAGACCAUCGCCGCGAUGACAAACGUCAUCGGGAGCACCGCGAGCAUCGUUCCGGUCAUAAACGUCGUCACGAGGAGUCUAAUAACAACGGGACCUCUUCUUCGUCUUCUGGUGUCCCACCAUUAACCAUUAAUAAUGAGAACGGCCACGGAUUCCCACCAUUCGGAGAACGUGAUCACGGGGAGAAUAUGGAGAAGCAGCAUAGAAUGGAAGACGAAAUUCGUCGUCUCAAGGCUGCAAUUAGUGAGAAAGAUCAGCUACUUUUCGAUAAAGAUAAGCAGAUUAGCAAUCUCAAGGCUGAUCAAUACAAUCUCGAGAAGAAGCACCGUGAGCGCGUCCAACAGCUCAUCAAGGAGAAGGAAGACAGCAUCCGAGCAAUUGAACAUAUGAGAAGCUCGAAGAGUUCAAAGAAAAACUAA